AUGUCCGGUCGCGGUAAAGGUGGUAAAGGUCUCGGGAAGGGUGGCGCCAAGCGUCACCGAAAGGUGUUGCGCGACAACAUCCAAGGCAUCACGAAGCCGGCGAUCCGCCGUCUCGCUCGCCGUGGUGGUGUCAAGCGCAUCUCCGGUCUCAUCUACGAAGAGACCCGAGGCGUCCUCAAGGUGUUCCUCGAGAACGUGAUCCGCGAUGCGGUCACGUACACCGAGCACGCCCGCAGAAAGACCGUCACCGCCAUGGAUGUCGUCUACGCGCUCAAGCGCCAAGGCCGCACCUUGUACGGUUUCGGCGGCUAA